AUGCGUUUCUCCUCCGUUAUUGCCAGCGCCAUGGCGGCGACCAUGGCUGCUGCCCACCACAACCACGACAUCAAGAGGGAGCAGGCCAUGCGCCGCACCCUUCUUGAGCACACCAAGAAGGACUUGAGCCACUGCGUCGCGAAGAUCAGGAGGAACGGCCUUGAGGCCCGCAAUGUCAAGCGUCGUGCGGACCAAGCUGCUGCUCUCAUCGAGAAGAAGGGCCUGAUGAAGGGUGUCCGUGAUCUCUCUGCCCUGAACACUUCUCACCUGUCGGGCGAGGACUACACUCUUGACACCCCCGAGGAGACCAUCUUCGCCAGCAACGGCUCUUGCGUUCUCAGCCCCGAGGUCACCGAAGGCCCGUACUACGUCUCCGGAGAGUUCAUCCGCGAGAAUGUGACCGACGGACAGGCUGGUGUUGACCUGCACCUUGAACUCCAGGUUCUCGAUGUCAACACUUGCGAGCCGAUCGCCAAUGCCUACACUGAGAUCUGGGCCUGCAACUCCACCGGCGUCUACUCUGGCGUCUCUGCCAACGGCAACGGCGACUCAGCCAGCGACACCACCAACCUGGACGCCACCUUUGCCCGCGGCAUCCAGCCGACCGACACUGACGGCGUCGCCAGCUUCGACACGCUGUUCCCGGGCCACUACACUGGCCGGACGACGCACAUCCACGUGCUGGUGCACCUCAACGCCACGGCGCGCGACAACGCCACGCUGCUGGACACGACGGCCUCGCACGUCGGGCAGGUCUUCUUCGACCAGGACCUCAUCUACGAGGUCGAGGCCACCUCCGUCUACGCCGCCAACACGCAGCAGCUCACCAUCAACGCGGACGACGGCAUCCUCGCCCAGGAGGCCGCCACCAGCGACCCGUUCGUCGAGUACGUCCUGCUCGGCGACACUGUCGAGAGCGGCCUGCUCGGCUGGCUGGCGUUCGGCAUCGACCCUACCCUUUCCAAGAGCGUCAACGCUGCUGCUACUUUGUACGAGACUGGUGGUGUCCAGAACAACAACGGUGGUGGUGGUGGUCCCGGUGGUCCUCCUACGAUCUAG